AUGGAUUUCCAUGGACCUAUUACUCCAACAUCUCAACGUGGAAACAAAUAUAUUAUAUCUCUUACCGAUGUUUUAUCAAAAUUCGUCGUUACAAAGGCUGUACGUGAUAAUACAGCUCAAACAGCUAUUAGAUUUCUUAAAGAAGACAUUAUUUCAAAAUUUGGAACUCCUCGUUGUAUUCUUACUGACAACGGAACACAUUUUACUUCAACGUUAAAGGAUGAAUUAAUUAAACAAAUUGGAGCUACACAUUUAUAUUCAACACCAUAUCAUCCCCAAACUAACGGUCAAGUUGAAAGAUAUAAUUCAGCUAUGGAUGCAAAAAUUACAGUUUUAUCAAAUUUACGUAAAACCGAUUGGGAUGAUCAAUUAUCAUUUGUUACAUUUAAUUACAAUACUUCAAUUCAUUCCUCAACAAAACAAAUACCAUUCGAAAUGAUGUACGGUCGAUCACCUGUUCUACCAUUCGAUCAUCAAGAUACAAAUGUUACCUUAUCAUAUGAUUCUGAACAUGCGAAAAAACUUAGUCAAUUUUUAUCCAAAUUAAACGAACAAGCAAAAAUUCAUAUUAUUAAAAAUCAAGAACGAUAUAAACAACGUUAUGAUAUAAAUCGUUCUGAUCCAACCUACAACAUUGGUGAAUUAGUUCUUUGUAAAACACUCAAUAUCCGUUAUAAAUUCGAUGUUCGUUAUGAAGGACCAUAUAGAAUUAUUCAAAAAAUUACACCGAAAACAUUUAUUAUUCAACACGUCAAAAAAUCAACAUUAUAUCGUCAAGUUACAACCGACGUGUUAUUACCAAUAUUUGAACGAAUUUAUUAA